GCGACGCUUCCCGUCACCUUGUCACUUCGUCACCCAGCCGUCAGUCCCUGACAGUCAGUACCACAGAAGUGGUUGCAGUAGGUGGAUGCAGAGCUCAGGGGUGGGGUUGUUGCUGCCAGACGCACAAGAUCGUUUUUCUUUCCUUCUCUUCUCUUACAGUGUAACCGUGCGAUACUUGGCGCGGUGCGAUGGGCGUGGAGACAUGGGUGUUGCUGGCGACGGUGGCGGUGCUGGCGUGGAUAUACUCCAAGUGGCGCCACUCCUACUGGGCUUCGAGAGGCGUACCCAGCCUGCCUGCCACGCCUUUCCUCGGACACAUAUUCAAGUCUAUCUUCACCGCCAAGAAACCGUGGAAGUUCCAGGACGAGCUUCGCAACAAGUUCGAUGAUGCCCGCAUGUGUGGUUUCUAUGAAUUCUUCAAGCCUACUCUAUUGGUCUGGGAUACUGAGAUACUGAAGCACAUCUUUGUGAAGGACUUUGACUACUUUGUGGAUCACAGACACUUUGAUAUGAAGACUGUCCACGAAAGAGAUUUGGUGAUGAUGGAGAUGCUGUCGGCUGUAAACGGUGCACAGUGGAAGAGUCUGCGGGCCAUUAUGUCGCCCGCCUUCACCUCAGGCAAGAUCAAAAGCAUGUUCCAUCUGGUGUGCGACAAGGCUGAUAUUCUCGUUAAGAUUUCAGUGAAACAAGCGGCACAAAACCCGCACGUAGACAUGAAGAAAAACUUCGGCCGAUUCACUAUGGACACAAUUGCUUCUUGUGCCUUUGGCAUUGAGAGUAACUCUCUGAUGGACGAAAAUGCUGAAUUCCCUCGCAAAGCACAAGCAUUUUUUGAAAUGUCAUCUCUUAGACUUGCAAAAUUCAUAGCAUUUGGUGUUGUACCCAGACUCCUUAAAGCACUUCACGUGAGUAUAAAUCCUCCAGAACUUGACUUUUUUGUGGACGUAGUCAAGCACACAGUGGCGGCCAGAGAGGCGGGGAAGACGCGUGGGGACUUUCUGGACCUGCUGCUAGAGGCACGAGACAACUCCGACAACCCCAACAGUAAACUUGUGCUCAGCCAGCGGAGUCUCAUAGCACAGAGCGUCCUGUUCAUCAUUGCUGGAUACGAAACAACUGCCUCCUUGCUAGACUUCUCCUCCUUCCUGCUGGCCAAGCACAAGAACCAGCAGCAGCGCCUCCGAGAGGAGGUGCGGCAGCUGGUGAAGAAGUACGGCGGCAUCACUUACCAUGGCAUCAUGGAAGGCAAGCUGCUCAAGGCCUGCCUCCAAGAAACACUUCGGCUUUACCCACCAGCAUUGUUCAUGGAGCGUUAUUGCACAAAGGCCUACAAGUUACCUGGUACUGACUUGACCAUCAGGCCUGGAGACAUAGUGCAGGCGCCCAUCUGGGCCCUCCAUCACGACCCCCGCCACUGGCCAGACCCCGAGGCAUUCAUCCCAGACCGUUUCCUCCCCGAGAACAAAGGCAAUAUCAAUUCCUUCGCACACAUGCCCUUUGGGAUGGGACCAAGGAACUGCUUAGCCAUGCGAUUUGCUCUGAUGGAGGCCAAGGUGGCGCUGGCCAAGCUGUUGCUGGGGGCGGAGCUGGAGUUGGCGCCGGGCCAUGAGGAGGUGACUUUAGAUGAGCAAGGCGCUUUUCUGCGGUCUAAAGAUUUGAACAUAAAGGUAAAACCGAUCAUGGAAGAAUAAAAUCAAAGUUCAAUUUCGCAUGCCAUGACCUACAUUAGGCGUAAAUCACUCUGCCUCUUAUCAAUUGCAGCUAUUUCGUCGGGCAAGCAGACUAUUACAGUUACAAAGGACACACAAUGAAGCUUUUCGUUGGGCACAAAACAAACACAUUCUUAUGCAGUACAUAUACAUCGAGACAAAGACAUGAAUUCACCUACACGGAAACAAUUCACAUACGAUUACAAACAUGGAUGUGAGGAAGCAAAGGAAAAUUAAACCUACAUGUCACUGAAAAUAUUACAAGAUACAAUAAAAAUUUCCAUGUAACCUCA